AUGCCCAUGGCCUGGCUGUUCGGCAAUCGUUGUGCUACGUGGCCGCCGACUUAUUUCGAUAUCCGACUUGAGAAUGAUACCCUGACACUUACUGCUCAUGACGAAAACACCAGCUAUGGAUAUCUGAAUGGCACCGUCGUACUCUGUCUCGACAAAUCACUAUAUACAAACGAUAUCAAACUCUAUCUGAAAGGUCAACAUUACGCCAACUGGAAAAACACAAAAAACCAAUCAAGGCGAGCACGACGACAAGGAACAUUCUACCGCCAGGUAUGGAAUCUCCUAGGAUCGAACAAAACAAUCCUACGCCCCGGCAACUACGAGUUCCCCUUCUCAAUAAGUCUCCGCAACACCAUGCCAGAGAGUAUUGACGGGCUAGACGACUGUUACAUUCGCUACGAGUUAUUAGCAACAAUCGACUGUUCCUGGGGAGUCAUUCCAAAGUCGAAGAUAAUGAAUGUUACCAGGAGGCCUGACUUUCUCUCAUUCAUUGAGCCAGAGGGCAUCGAACGAUCAUGGCCCGAUAAAAUCGUAUACGAGAUUCAAAUACCAGGACGGGCAUAUAUUCUCGGAGAUCCGAUCCAGCUGGACUUUCGCUACAUCGCACUUCGCAAAGGCGUUUACCCAUCGUCGAUCCAGGUUCGACUUGUGGAAUGGCAUAUCUUGCAAUCUAUUGGGGGACUUGGUCAAUUUCGACACGCGCGGUCUAGAGUCGUUGGAGAAAACGAGUCGUCAUAUGAAGAGUCUUCGGGCGAGAGUUUGAUGUCUGAAGAUCUGGAGGAGUGGCAGCAUUCGUUGGAGGUUACGAUCACGCUUCGGAAUCCGGAUGGGCAUUUUUCGAAGAUCGCCGCUGCCUUUCCUAUAUCUCUGUGUUCAGGACCGGGAACGAAACCACCUGGCAUUUCUUUGGAAACGGACAGCGCAUAUUGUCCUCCUUUACCUUUUAGGGAGCACCUUCGUGCUCCUCCGCCUUAUAAGGACUACCGUCGUGAUCAGCCGUAUCACAUGGACGAUGCUACAAGUUUUGAGGGAACCACGCAUCCUCCCACUGUGGAUCUGAAUGAUUAUAUGAAGCCGCCUGACUAUGGCUCAGCGAUAUGCUCAGCGAUCCCCAGAGCGAGUGAAAGCCCUUGUUACUGGGAUAGUAUUGCCGAGAACAACAGUUGA